GGAAACAGUGUUUCAGAAAGUUUUCAGUGUUUUAGUCUUAUGCGAGUUUGAAAUAAAUCGCGAUUCGUUUUUUGUCAUUCCAUUCCAAAAUAUAGUCGUAUAUCUAUUACUUUGCAGUGCGAAACGCAGAAGGAACUCCGUUUUGACGCAUGUUGUUACACGGAAGCAUUAACGUGUUGCAAGUCUGAGACAGAUGAAAGCGAAUCUGAGAAAUGUGGAUUGCAUAUUAGAAAUUCACGACGCCAGAAUACCAUUCACUGGGAGGAAUCCAGUCUUUCAAGAAAGCUUAAACAUCCGACCACAUUUGCUGAUAUUGAACAAAUUGGAUCUGGCCGAUCCAUCCAACAAGCAGAGAGUUCUCAAACAGCUGGAGAAAAGUGGUGUGGAGAAUGUGCUGUUCACAGACUGCCAAAGACAGAUAGAUGCUAACAUUAAAAAGAUCGUUCCCAUGGUGACACAGCUGAUUGAGAGCAGGCCUCGUUACCAUAAGGAAGAGGACACAUAUUACUGCUUGAUGGUAAUCGGAAUACCGAAUGUGGGGAAGUCAUCGCUAAUUAAUGCACUGAGGAGAACAAAUAUGAAGAAAGGCGGUAGAGCUUCUAAAGUUGGAGGUGAGCCAGGCAUAACCAAGGCUGUCUUAACCAAAAUCCAGGUGUGUGAGAGGCCUGCCUUGUUUUUGGUUGACACACCUGGAGUGCUUCCUCCGAAAAUUGAAAGCGUAGAGACGGGGAUGAAGCUAGCCUUGUGUGGAACAAUAUUGGACCAUUUAGUCGGUGAAGACAUUAUGGCUGACUAUUUGCUAUACUCCCUGAACAGACUUGAAAAGUUCAGUUACGUGGAUCAGUAUGACCUCGGCGAACCCAGCGAUGACGUCCAGCACGUCCUGAAGCGUAUCGCCGUCAAGCUGGGCAAAACCCAGAGAGUCAAGGCCAUCACCGGAGUGGGUAACAUCACCAUCACAAUGCCGAACUACACUGCUGCCGCAUACCACUUCAUCAGGGCAUUCAGGCGAGGGGAGCUGGGCAGAGUGACGCUGGACUGAUCACACCGCCCCCUGCUGGUCGGAGGAAUGUUAAGGUGGUCCCAGGUGAUCAGUGAUUCUCCUUCAGGAAGAUUGAAAUGCCCUAUUUUCAGUGCUGUGAUAAAAUUGUGAUUAGGCACAACGCCAUAAUAAAAGGUGUUAUUUUUGUAAAA